UGGUGACGGUGACGCGGUCUUCAACACCUCCUCCUCAUCCUACUCCUCACUCACCUGUUACUUCCAACUUCUCACUUUUGCACCCUUUCAAAAAAGGCUGUGAAGGCUGCGGAAAAAAAGGAUGAGCUGCAAUGCUUUGGCCUUCAAACACACGAAGAUAUUUUCUCCUCACGAGUUCCGCACCGGCAAGAAGGCUCACCGUCUUGCCAUCAUAUCCGUAAUUGUGGUGCUUGGACUGGCGUCCUCGACCACCGCUAGCCCACUCUACGACGAAUACCACUCCAAACAACUGGCUUUUCUACCUCAAACAUGGCAGGAAUUACUGGAGACUUAUUACCAACCGUGGGAAGCAGCACCUGAUGCUAGAGAGCUUGAUGACCUGAGCACGCAUGCCAAGCGUCAGGAGGAAAGCUCGUUUGACAUGGACGAGAGAAGGCCUGAUUACUCCUUUGGACUUGGCAAACGCGAGAAAAAUUACGCUUUCGGAUUGGGAAAACGUUUGCGGAAUGAUUACUCCUUUGGUCUGGGAAAGAGAGGAAAUGGGAAAGACUACGCGUUUGGAUUAGGCAAGAGAGGGAGCGUGAAAGAGUAUUCCUUUGGGUUGGGAAAGAGGCUGAAAGACUAUUCUUUUGGAUUAGGCAAAAGAAGCAAGAGUUACUCGUUUGGACUUGGUAAACGAGCCGCAGACGUCGAGACGGUAGAUGAUAUUGCGGGAAAUCAUUCGACAGAAACGGCUGAACCAGAGAUGUCUAAGCCAAGCUCGGGUCCGCUAGAUGAAAAUGAUCAUUGGCUUAGCACCAACCAAGAUGAACACCAAACGAGGCAUAAGCGAGAAGUAGAUAUUGAUGACGAAAGGGACGUUGAUGACGAAACAGACUUGAGCUUAAUCGACAAACGUAAAAAUCUGUAUGGUUUUGGUUUAGGGAAGCGGAAUGCUUACGAUGACUCUGGAAAUCGUGGACACAACUUCAACUUUGGAUUAGGCAAACGCAGCAUAUUGCCAUCGUUUGGCUACCCUAAACGUAUGCCUGAUCACUAUUCCUUUGGCCUUGGGAAACGUUCGCGUCCCCCUUUUUCUUUUGGAAUUGGCAAGCGUAUACCAUCGAAGUACAGUUUCGGUAUUGGUAAGAGGCUUUCCAAUGUUGAACAAUCAAGUCCUACCUACCAGUAUCCUUACUCUCUACUCAAAUACCUAGGCUUGAAUCAGACUCCUUACUCUCCAGCUCCUAGAUUUGGUAGACGAUCUUACGAUUUUGGUUUGGGCAAGCGCGCGGCUGGAUUUCCCGUCUAUCUUCAGAAAAAGAACAGGAACGAUUAUUCUUUUGGUCUAGGCAAGCGAUCUGAAUCGGGCGAUGAGAAGGAGAGUGAAAAGUUGGUGAAUGGAAACAAUCCAAAUGCUUAUAGCUUUGAGCUAGGAAAGCGGUUCAUUGAAGAUUAUUUUAAUGUAGAGGACGAACAUGACGCAAUUUCUGACGAAUAUUUUGAUUGAGAUAUGAGAGCUUUUCUUGUGUAGAAUAGCAUUCGCCAUAUUUUUAUUCAUUGCUGAACCAUCUGAGACAUAAUUAAUGUAAGUUCCUAGAUAUUUUCAUAUUUGUCUAUGCUUAAUAUAUGUUCCAGACUAAGCAAUUGGUUGUCAGUUGUCAUUAUGAAUUCCAUACUUUUGUUAGUGCCAAUGAAAAGCGAGAUAUCCUUAAAAAUUAAAAAUUAUGCUUAGUAAAUUAAUGAAUAUUGUAGCUUUAAUUUUUGCUGUGCAUAAUCUUUUAGAAGACCUUGGGCUGCCAGGUGAAUUGCAUUCCUCGUCCCUAUAUUCCAAUUGUCCAGAUAUUAAUGUAGUACUUGAUAACCGACAUGAAGGAAUAUUGAUUGGGUUCUCUUGUUGUUACUUUUGCUAAAAAUUACAAUUAUAUGACACGGUUUCUUAGAUUAAUUUUCAAUUCCACUCUGAAAUAGGAUCGAGUUGUAUUUGGGUUUAUAAUAUAUGUCUAUUGUGGAUAAUAAGGAGUCGACACUGAAUUUUUUAUCAUAUAAAGGGAAAGAUGCGAGCAUUCAUAUCCUUCUUCACUCCGUUGAUAAUACUGGUGGUCGUGGAAAUAACUUUAGUUCAAGCCCAUGAGUCAGUUUACCAUGUGCGUUACGAUUGAUCGACUCUACAUCCAAUUUAACAAAGUUAUUUUUUAAUCCAACAGUGUAAGUUUUGGUACUGAAUGAUAUUAGCUCAUAAAAUGCGUACGAUUGUUGUAUGAUACGAUAUCAUCUACCUAGUUAGUUUAUCGAGCUGAGUUGUAACACUUAACACUUAACAGUGUGAACUGAAAAAUUUUUAAUCAUGUCUAAGUUAGUGUUUGUAUUAUACAAAUUGAGAGUUCACAAGUAUAUCAUGCAUUGGAGUCUUCAUAGUUUUAUUUCC